AUUGGUACUAUUUUAGUUCUACAAACAGAUCAGGAAUAUUAAAUUGAACAGCAUUAGAUGUCCUAUUUUAAAGAAAUUGGUUUUGAUAGAACUUGCAAUAGAACUCAAGCCAAAAAUCAAAUUCACAUCAGCAAAAAGGAAACAUUAACAAUUUCAGGCACAAACUUUAUAUUCUUGAGGCACAAUUCGUCGUGAUCACCAAAACCGCAACUUGAUGCGUCCAGUGAUCUUAAAGUUUCGCGUUCUUUUUAUAUUACAGAAUAGAGAGAAUUUUGAGGAGUUUGUUUUCGAGAGGCACCCAUCUAUCAGAGGACCAUCCGGAACUGUGGAGCAUCGGACCCAGCGCCGUGAUGAUCUCCCACCGGCACGGCUCGAGCUCGUCGGAGACCGGGCAGUACCCGGCCAGCGUCACCUUGUCGCCGGAGGCCGCAGCCGAUCCGAACACGAACACAGUUACGUCCAACGGCCGCCGUACUUCGACAGCCCCGUUCAUCCCGGAGGCCUCCUCCACCGGCUUCCCACCGCCGGAGACCCGCCCGCCGCCCUUUAGUCACAGGCGAGGCGGCGUCGCGGCGACUAGCCGACAACCUCCUCGGCGAGGCGGCGAGUCCCCGGGACUCACGGGACUCCCCUCGUUCCGCCUCCGGCACCGGAGCUGCCCGAGGAGGCGAGGACCGUCGUCCGUCGCAGAGUCGCUCAGGCUCAGCCUCACAGGCGAGGCGGCGUCGCGGCGACAAGCCGACAACCUCCUCGGCGAGGCGGCGGCCGGCGAGUCCCCCCGUUCCGCCUCCGGCGCCGGAGCUGCCGCUGCUGCCCGAGGACGAGCCGACGAGUGGACGACCGACGACGAGAACGGAGAAGAUUUGGAGGAAUGAGAUACCGGGGGCAAGGGCCGCUGAAGGAGAGAAUAGUUUCAUUUGAGGUCAGUAAGAGCAUUUAGUUCUCACACCUUGUUUUUGACAUUCAGGGUUAUCUUUUUGUUCUUCUUUUUGGCGUUCAUAUGAUAAAGAUUGGAUCUUUUUUCCUGUAUCUGUUUUUUUCUGGAGAGUUUUGGGGUUCUUCA